AUGGAAUACCAACGCCUCGGCAAAAGCGGCCUCAAGACCUCCAAAAUCAUCCUCGGAUGCAUGACCUUUGGCAAUCCCGCAUGGGAAGGCAGUCCCUGGGUGCUCCCCCAAGACGAAGCGCUCCCCUUACUCAAAAAAGCCUUUGACAACGGGAUCAACACUUGGGACACAGCGAACACUUACUCUAACGGGACAUCAGAGAUCCUAAUCGGAAAAGCCUUAAAUAAAUACAACAUCCCGCGAAGCAGGGUAGUGAUUAUGACGAAGCUAUACUAUCCAGUCUUCGACCCUGAUUCCCCAUCGAGACCUAAUCCCGCCAUCAACGACGGUGAGCUAGUGAAUCAAAUGGGCCUAAGUCGAAAACACAUCUUCGACGCGGUUGAAGGGUCACUCGCGCGCCUGAACACGACGUAUAUCGAUGUUCUGCAACUACACCGACUGGACGAUACAGAAGCAGAGGAAAUCAUGUGUGCACUGCAUGAUCUCGUCCGAAUGGGCAAGGUUCAUUAUCUGGGUGCGUCAAGCAUGUACUGUUGGCAGCUGGCGAGGUUGCAGUAUGCAGCGAAGAUGAAUAAUUGGACGACGUUUACUAGUAUGCAGGGGCUUUGGAACUUGCUUUAUCGGGAGGAGGAGCGAGAGGUUAAUGCGUUUUGCAGGGCUGAGGGGAUUGGGUUGAUUCCUUGGAGUCCAUUGGCUCGUGGGUUGUUGGCUAGGCCGUGGAAUGCGCAGACGUAUCGGUCUAGUCAGGAUAAAAAGACGGUUAAGUGGUUCUCAGGGACACAGAAUGAGGUUAUUGUUUCACGGGUGGAGCAGUUGGCGAAAUCGAAAGGGUGCAGUAUGAGUGCUAUUGCUAUUGCGUGGUUGUUGAAGAAGGGGGCGUGUCCGAUUGUCGGGUUGAAUAGCAUGGAGAGGAUAGAGUCGGCGGCCGAGGCAUUGGGUGUUCAAUUGUCCGAUGAAGAUGUUAGGUUACUUGAGGAAGAGUAUAGACUUCUUCCUGUCGAGGCUAUAUAG